AUGCCUAAAUCCAAUCCCAACCGUUCCACUGAGGUGGUUCAACCUCCUACUGAUUCCAUCUCUAGCCUCAGCUUCAGUCCCAAAACAAAUCUUUUUGUGGCUACUUCAUGGGAUAAUCAGGUUCGAUGUUGGGAGGUGAAGGUAUCCGGGACCAAACUCAGCACUGUGCAUAAGGCAUUAGUAUCACACGACGAGCCGGUAUUGUGCUCUGCCUGGAAAGAUGACGGGACGGCCUUCUUUUCCGGAGGCUGUGACAACCAAGUUAAGAUGUGGGCAUUAGCGUCCGAGGGGCGGCCUGUUACAGUGGCCGUGCAUGAUGCUCCUGUUAAAGAAGUUUCUUGGAUCCCAGAGACGAACCUCUUAGUCACCGGAAGCUGGGACAGCACGUUAAGGUAUUGGGAUCUGAGACAGCAAACUCCAACGUGGGUACAACGACUUCCAGAUCUUUGCUAUGCACUUGCAGUUCAGCAUCCUCUCGUGGUUGUUGGAACAGCUGACAGAAAUAUAAUCGUCUUCAAUCUGCAGAGCCCUCAGACUGAGUAUAGAAGAUUUUUGUCACCCCUCAAGCACCAGACAAGGUGUUUGGCUGCUUUUCCUGAUAAACAAGGCUUCUUGGUUGGUUUGAUCGAAGGAAAAGUUAGCGUGCAUCAUCUUGAUGAGUCGCAAUCGGAUAAAAAUGAUAUAUUCAAAUGUCACAGGCAUGGCAAUGAGAUUUACUCUGUCAACUCGCUGAAAUUUCACCCGAGACAUCACACAUUUGCUACUGCUGGAUCUGAUGGAGUGUUCAACUUUUGGGACAAAGAUGCGAAGCAGAAGCGGAAGCUCACGAAUAUGUUAAGAUGCAAUCAACCAAUAACUUGCAGCAGUUUUAACCGCGAUGGUUCUAUAUAUGCAUAUGCGAUCUGUUAUGAUUGGAGCAAGGGGGCACAAAAUUAUAAUCCCGCAACAGCAACGACCAAGAUAUACCUCCAUCAGCCCCGGGAAGGCGAUGUCAAACCGCGUGUUUCACCAGAUGGUAGAAAGUGA